CGGGUGGGUAAAGGUGUUAUCUGUACUACAGAGUCCUUGAUAGGGGGUUUCGGGGAGCGCUUGGACCCUGGCUUCUGGGACGCUUCAGAAUAUUAUCCAGCAAUGCAAAUGAACAAACUAUAACUACACACAGCUGCAUGGACAAAUGUCAGAAACGUGACAUUGAGUGUGAGAAGCCAGAUGCAAACGAGGACUCACUGUGCAAUUCCGUGCAUGUACAGUGGCCAGGAGAAGGGAGUGUUGGCUUUGCUUUCAUCAGGCCAAAGAUGCCUUUCUUUGGGAAUACGUUCAGUCCGAAGAAGACACCUCCUCGGAAGUCGGCAUCUCUCUCCAACCUGCAUUCUUUGGAUCGGUCAGCCCGGGAGGUGGAGCUGGGCUUGGAAUAUGGAUCCCCCACUAUGAACCUGGCAGGGCAAAGCCUGAAGUUUGAAAAUGGCCAGUGGAUAGCAGAGACAGGGGUUAGUGGCGGUGUGGACCGGAGGGAGGUUCAGCGCCUUCGCAGGCGGAACCAGCAGUUGGAGGAAGAGAACAAUCUCUUGCGGCUGAAAGUGGACAUCCUGUUAGACAUGCUUUCGGAGUCCACUGCUGAAUCCCACUUAAUGGAGAAGGAACUGGAUGAACUGAGGAUUAGCCGGAAGAGAAAAUGAAGACCCCAGAGACAUUUAUUGGGGAGUAGGAUGUAGCUAAGUGCUUUUUUUUUUUUUUUUUUUUUGCCCAGACUAGUGGAUUCGGUCCUGGGAGAGAGUAUCAUAUAAUGGGACCCACAGGCACUGGCACCCUUGGGUUGGCAAUAGAAGGUGACAUGGAAUGAAGAAAACCAAGAUUGCAGAUGGGGACAGUAACUAGAAGGUGCUUCAGAUGCACUGCCUGAAAACCAGACCACAUGGAGGCCUGGGGCUGCUGAUGAGCCUUUGGGUGCUCUCCACACACAAGAUUGCAAACACACAUGUCCCAGAAUAGCUCUGUUGGGCCCUGUUGGGAGAAGCGGCUGGAGUUCAUUCUCUCACCCCCUUACAUUGGGGUUUGGGGUUUCGCAGCAGUUCUGCAGAGCUCUGUGUUGGGGGUCAUGGAUGAGUGGCUCUCUUGGCUCUUAAAGGCAGGCCUCUCUCCUUGCCUUUAAAGAAUCCUCAUUCCUCACACCUGGCCUCCUCUGGCUUCAGCUUCUCAGUAGCAAACACCAGCCUUCCACAGCAACACUAUAUUUUUAUGCUACUUUCCUGUUUACACUACUACUUUUUUAUUAAAUGAUGUUAAAUAAUCUC